AUGCUCGAGCUCAAAGAGUCGCUCGCCGAAUGGAAGUCCGUGCCGGACGUGCACCACAUCGACGACGGCGCCUCGGCCGCCGACCGCCGACCGCCGGCGCAACGUGCGCUCAUCGCUCGCGGACCUGCGCGUGCUUCCGUGCCGACGACACCGGGAAAGGAUGGUCCGGCUACGGAGGGUGUAGAUCAAGACGUCGGCGGUGGCCAAGGCCAAACAAAGGAGGCGUCGAAGAAGAAGAAGAGGGCGUAA